UGCCGCGAACACUUCUAUACGCUGUGGCACGUUCGUUGCCUAAGUCAUUUCCGAGGCUUGUGAACGAAUUGAAUUUUCACUUUUAACAGUUUUUGACUUUUAAGAGAGCGCGCGUUUGCUGCCGUUACCGUUACACACUGCGUUACGGUUAUUUAUGAGUGUAAUCAUCAAUCCAACUCUUUUUCCUCCUCAACGGCAAUGCGGGCAACUCAAAUGGAUUAGAGCGUCUGCCAAAAAAAACUUCAAAUAUUUAAGUGAAAGCAUUUAAUAUUAGCAUCUCCAUCUGGGCAACGGACAUCGGGGCAUAGCAUGACUAGGCUCAAUUAGGCCAAAACAAAAAAACGAAAUAUCUGCGGACUGAAAAAUCAUUCAAACAUACAAAAACCAAAAACUAGAACUAGAACUUCUUUAACUAAAUCAACGCAUCGCACCACUGACCUCCUACUGCCAAGGCCGGGGCUGUUGGAGGAGAAUUCCUAACCAGCUUAUACCUUACCCUCCUACCACUCCUCCUCUCCCCCAUCCAACUCUCUAUUGCUCUCUUUCGUUCUCUCUCUCUCUCUCUCUCUGUAUCUGUCGGUCUGGGAAACACGAAAAAUGAAUUAUCAGAAGGCAAGUGAAAAGCAUUCGCCAUCGGGCAACGGAAAUCGGAUUCAAACAUUUUGGAACGAUCGCAUUAUGGAGCGUUUCAUCAAGGCGAAUCUAUUCAUUAUAUGCUGUGUGGCUGCCGGACUAUUGCUGAUUGUCUAUUUGGGGGCCUUUUCAUGUGAGGUAUCUUGGCUAUUGGAGGCCCAUGGUGAUUUGCCAUUUGCUGCCUACACAUUGUGUUCACUGUACUUUGUAAUGUUUGUGGCAACAACAAUAUUGAUCCACGGUCUGGUCAGCGGUUUAUGUUGGCCUCUAUUCGCCUGGUCGGGUGUGAUUGGUUUGCUGUCCAUACCGGAAUUGGUUUUUGUCAUGCUAAUGACCACACAACAUUGGGGUCUACAAUCGGUCCACGGCUUAACAGAGUUGACCUCAUAUCUUAUACGUUUGAUUAUCAAUUGUUUUGCCCUGAUUUGUGUUAUACCAACGGGAAUCAAAUGGCGUCGGGAGACUCAAGUGCUCAGCCAGCUGCAAGGAUUGGCCACACGUCUCUCAUUGCAGACACCAGCACCAAGUGUGCCCAUGUCCAAGGCGGAUUCACGUCGCUCUAGCCAGAGAAUGGGCGGUGGCUUUGAGAAUGCUGGCUAUCAGAUAUGUGAUGAGACCAAAAUGCCAUUGGGUCCUGGCCUUUCAUUGAACAAUCAACAGAUGGGUGGCAGUCAGAUCUUUGGCUCCCAGAAUGAAUUCAAUGCCAGCAUGUUCGCUCCGGCCUUGGCGCAACAGUUUAACAAUGCCAGUCAAAUGAUGCAACAACAAAGAUCGGGAGUGGGCUCAGGAAAUGCCUCAAAUCGGGCUCAAUCUCUGAUGGAUUUACGUUGCACUUUGCCGGGCAUGUAUAAUCCCCGGCAUGCCUUGGAUCUGGAUGAUAAGAAUGCCAAAUAUUUUAAUAUAACCAUAGAUGAUCUUAAGAAUAAUCUGCAAGACUCACGUCGUCGUCCAUCGCCACCAUCGCUAAUUGGCUCGACUAGCAAUGAUCCCAUCUAUUGUUCCAUAGAGCCCAAACAAAUGACUCCACCGCCCACCAACCAGCAACGUCCACGAGGCUCUCACAAGCAGCCACCGCCAGCGAAACUCUCGAGGAACUGCAUCUCGCUGGAGAAUCUCGAUGGUAUUAGUAAGGUGCAAAAUGAUUUGGCCAACUAUGGUAACAAUUUGCUCCAGAAUUACACCCAGCAGCAGCAAUAUUAUUUGGCCAUGCUGUUGGAUCAGCAACAUCUUCAUCAGCAGCAUCAAUUGCAGCAGGCAGCGGGCAUUUAUCGUCGUCCCUCCGCUUGCAGUUCCAGCAAUGGCUUUGCCGGAACUGUUCUCGCCCAGCCUCUGCAUCGGCGGGGAUCACAACAGCAAUUGCAAUACUAUGGCGGCUUUGGUUAUGCCAACUAUGCCAAUCCUUAUAUAACAGCGAAUAGUAAAUUGUCAUUGGGCAAUGAAUCCGACGACUAUAGAAAGUAUCGAGAUGUGGCUCUAUAGGUUCUACAGUUAAAAAUUGUUCAAGUCAAGUUGUUAGUUUUAUACAGAAAAUAUAAUUUAGUAAGUAAAGCAAGUUGCUCCCAUGAUAUAUUCCUCGGAAUUAACAACCAAAGAGCCAAAAAACUAACUCAGUCCAAGUUCAAGUUCAGCAGAGAGAAGACGAACGAGUAGCGAGAAAAAUACAAACAGUUAUACAACUAAAAGUUAAAGGGAAAUGAUGGAAUAAAAGAGGAAUAGAAAAAGUUUUCCGCAAGUUUCAAUAUUUCCUUCUUAACUUCUUUGUUUAAGUUUUAACUCAUUUAAAAGUAACGAGUAGCGAGUAAAAAAUUAAAACGAAUAGCGAGUCCUAAAAUUAGUCGAAAAGAAUAUUUAAUUUAAGAUUGAGAGAAAAAACAACUUGGACUUUUGAAACUUUACUCUCAAUUUUAGAUUAACCUUUAGCUAAUAACGAGUAACGAGAAUAAAAUCGAUAUAGAUUUAG